UGCGAUCACGCGGGCGAGGUUACACCCAACACCCAGCUGGCCGCGCCGAUGGGCCUUGAUUCGUGGGCAAAAUUUCACGCCUGCGAAGUCACCACGCGGUAGCGCUGGCGCCAUGCUGCCAUUUCCGCAUUUGCUCGAGUCAAGAUGAAGUUGGUCCUCGCCCUGGCGACGCUCCUCAGCGUAGCUUCGCUCUCGUCGGGCGCGAUCGCGACCAAGGCGCCCGUGCCGACGCGCGACCGCUUCAACGGCGUGUGCUCCAACGACGAAGAGUGCGCCAAGUUCCCAGGCACUGUCUGCGUCUUUAUCCUCUCGGGCGACUACACCCAGGGCAAGUGCACGCCCAACUACGGUACGCGCCCGGUGUGCCGUGGCGGCCAGGCCGGUCUCUGCCCGUCGUACCAGGACCCGUCGUCCGGGUACCUCAACACGCAGUGCGUGCUCGUUGACAAGGCGAUGCAGCCGGCUACCGACACCGAUGCGAUUGUGCCUGUGAACAAGCCGACGACGGCGGCGGCGGAGCCGGAUGCGACGCCGGCUGCCUCUGGCGCCAAGCCUUCGGCGACGCCUGGCAAGACGGCGGCGAGCCGUUUCCUCGCUGCGGACCCCACCACCGUUGUGGUCAGUGACCCGACGACAGCCCCCAAGAAGACGACCGCGGCGCCCGCCGCCGAUGGCACGACGGCCCCGGCCGAUGUACCGACGACGGGCCCGACGUCCCCAAAGAAGACCACGGCGGCGCCCAUUGUUGACAGCACGGUCGCGUCUGGUUCGGGCUCGACGGCCGCCGAUGGCACUGUCUCCCGCAUCCCUGUGAAGGACCAGCCGUGCCCGUCGGACCCGACGCUCGUGCUCGCGGACCCCAAGUGCUGGUUCACGACGCCGUUCAAGAACACGACGCUCACGGUCCAGUACAAGUGCGUCGACUACGACAUGUGUCUCUCGCAGUCGGCGUACGCACAGGAACCCCAGUUGACCAAGGAAGCCUACUGCCGCCCGGCAGGCUGCGUCACGGGCGCCAAGAGCCUCUGCAACAACCGCGGCACGUGCCAGGCCAACUCGGCCAUCGACGUCGUGCUGCCGCGCGUCUACGCGUGCCGCUGCUACGCCGGGUACACGGGCACCAAGUGCGAAAAGUCGACCCCGUCUGGCGAGUGCGACGUUGACUGCGGCCAAGGCGGCGCCUGCGUCGACAACAAGUGCUCGUGCUUUGAAGGCUUCAUUGGCAAGAACAUUCGCUGCGACAAGUGCACGUCCGACAAGGCGUGCGAGAAUGGCAACAAGUGCAACACGGACACGGGCAAGUGCGAAUGCAAGAACGGCUUCAACGGCGAAACCUGCGGCGGCAAGCUCGACAUCUGCGCCGGCGUCACGUGCUCGGGCGGCGGCUUCCCGGACGGCCGCUCGGGCAAGACGUGCACGUGCCUUUGCCCCAAGUGCGCCGCCGGCACCACGUGCAAGACGUGCGGCGGCACCGACGGCCGCGACUGCUCGACGUGCCCGGCGUCGGCGCGCCUCAACUCUGGCGCCUCGACCCUCUCGGUCGCGAUCAUGACGCUCAUCAUGGCGGUCCUCGCGGUGCUCUUUUAAGCCGGUGGAAUAUGGCCUUUCUCGACGUACCCACUACAGACUCCUUUCACUAACACGAUAGCUCCCAUUUAUCUAUAGCUCUAGGUUUAUCCCAGGGUUUAACCAUAGCUCUGGAAAUGAAAGUGGAAGCAUUUUGAGACCAAGCCGGUGCGCCACCGCAUCUGGCUUUGGCGAUCACAUGGCAUUCUCCUUCGAAUCACCUCG